AUGUUAGAAUUAAGGCUUGUUACACAUGACCAACGUUAUUAUGUUAGAAUUGAAGCUUGCUAUGCAAGACUGAUAGUUGUUGACAACGUUUUUUCAACUUUUCAAAUUGUUGAUUUGAAGUUGAAACGUUGUUGCAACCAUGACGAAUCUUUGAUUCACAUACAACACUCAGCGAUCGCGUAUAAUAUCUGCUGUGCUGUAGCAAAGACAUAA